GUCAUAAUAGAGAAAGUUGAAAGUUUACAAAAAUCUAUUUCUAUUCUUGAUAGUCAUUAUAUGGAAUAAUUCAGCGAAGAGAAUCACAAUAAUUAGUUUAAAAUAUGUCUGUACCCAAUUUAACGAAUAGCUUGAUGCAGCAACAAAAUAUAGUGAUAAAUCAAGUUCCCAUAACUCACACAAUAAUGACAAAUGUUAAUAAUGGGGUUCCUGUAGUUAAUGCUAUACCUCAUACAAAUUCCAAUGACCACAAUGAAGAUAUCAAGACUGGAAUACCUAUUGUCGAUUCAAUGGGAGGUAAAUGUACAAAUUUAGUAGGAGUACAGAAUAUACAAGUCCAAAACAUGCCAGUCCAAAAUGCACAGCCUGCACAAAAAAUCAUUCAGCAAAACAGUACAUCAUCAAGUGAACCCCUACAGGUAUUAACCAAACAACGUCUUCAGGAUCUUGUUAGAGAAACAGAUCAAACACUUAAUCUUGAGGAAGAAGUAGAAGAAAUCAUUUUAGGUUAUGUUGAUGAAUUUGUUGAUAGAUGCCUUAAUGGUGCAGCUCUGAUUGCCAAAAAUCGCCACAACACCACAAUCGAGGUUAAAGAUGUGCAGCAAUUUUUAAACAGAAAUUACAAUAUGUGGACACCUGGUUUUGGUACAGAUGAAUUGAGGCCUUAUAAGAGAAGUCUAACCACUGAAGCACAUAAACAGAGAAUUGCGCUUAUAAGAAAAACUUUAAAAAAGUAUUAAUGUUAGUUAAAUUCUGGUGUUUUGUAUUAAAUAUUUUUAAUAAAAAUCAAAAUUUUAGUGUUA